UGUGAGAGCUUCUGAUUUAUUUUUCACCAACAGAGAAAUUAAAAUUCUCUAACAGAGUUUCUUUAGGACCACCCUAAAUUAAUUUUAAAUGUUCAGCUUUUGUUUCAGUGUAAAUUAAGAUAUCGUCCAAAUACUUCAAAACACCCUUAUACAGGUGCUCAUGGAGGACCUCAUUGUUUAGUUGCACAAAUACUUCUGGGGCUCCCUGUAGCCCGAAGGGGAGUACCCUGAAUUGGAAGCACUCUAGGUGGAAGUUGAAAGCAGUUUCCCAUUCAUCCCCCUCCUUAAUCCUGAUGUGAUAAUACACUUUGCAUAGGUCUAACUUUGAGAAGAUUUUUCCUUUUGCUUGGUGAGCUCACAUGUCCCUCAUGAGGGACAGGGGUACACAUUUGCCACAGAUACUGCAUUUAACCUCCUAUAAUCCACGUAGAGACAAAGAAACCAUUCUUCUUCUCUCUGAAUAGAACAGGCUGCCAGCUGAGAUCUGGCCGAUUGGAUGAACCCCGGUUAAAUUCUUGUCAAUGAACUUGCGCAGCUCAUCUAGUUUUCUAGGGGUCAUCGAAUAGAGUUUCUGAUUAGAUAACUUAGCUCCCGGGGUGAUCUCAGUAGCACAGUCAUUCGGUCGUUGAGGGGGAAGCUCAUCCAACCACUUUUCACUGAAAACCUCAGCUAAAUCGCAGUACUCUCUUGGAAUGCUCUGAAGUUCUUGCUCACUCAGCGCAGAGGCUAAUUCUUGCUUCGGACCCUCUGCUCUAUUAUCAAGCAACCCCUGGGAAGGAGCUCCCUUCUUUGGGAACCUUAGCUGCCGUUCUCUGUAGUCAGUUAGAGGGUUCCAUUUCUUUAACCAGGUUAGCCCAAGGACAAGGGGCCAGUCCAUAUUGGGAGCCACAAUGAAUGAAGGCUUAAGUCUCUGAAUGGCAUCCCAUGGCGAGUCCCAGGAGUUUGGUGACAAAGCUUGCUGGGAUCCCCCCUGCCAUGGACCCAUCAAACAGACAAAAGGCGAUGGCGUUUUUGAGUUUCCUUAGGGAACCCCCACUUUCCCAAAUAGGCUGGGGCUGAUUAUGUACUAGGUGUACCCCGAGUCCAACAGUGCAGUUAGGGGCCUUCUUUUGCCCAUGUCUGGGCAGAGUUAUGGAGUUGAUCGGCCCACUUACUAAUGGGUCGUUAUCAUAAUCGCUCUCCAACAUCCCUGACUCAUCAUCCGGUGGGGCUGGAGCUCUGCUGUCUGCCUUUGGAGCUCGGGGGAGCUCCAUGACCUUAGUGGUGUCUUUCGAGCACUGGGUAUAUUGGCUUGGCUUGUCUCCCCAAAGGGUCGAUCUGGUUUCCUAGCCGAAGUCUUGCUGCAGCAUUCCACGGUCCAAUGCCCUUCUUUUCCACACUUGAAACAGGUAGUGGAACAUGAUUGGUUUGCGGAGGUUAUGCUGGCCUCUCUUGUCCAGCUGGCUCCAUCCUCUGAAUUUUGUAGGAUGAUAAAGGUUGCAGGUUUGGUCUAUUUCCACUUCUUCACCAUUCAUAAAGGCGUGCUGGUACUCCCUGUGCCACACAAGCAUACAGGUAGUUGUUUAGCCCAUCUUGGAAACAGCUUAAUCAGGAUGUCUUCGGGCCAGUUGAGGUAGCAAGCCAAGUCAUGAAACUCCUGUGUGUAUUUGGUACCAGUCAUCAUCCCUGUUUUAUUGUUUUUAUUUGAUCCCAAGCCUUCCGGUCUGCCAGGCGAUCUUCAAAUCGGCGUCUCUGUGUGGUCAUGAACCAGUUAAAAUUUCGGAGCUCGGGAGUGUUGCAGUUAUAUAAGAUUACCGUCCAUCUGGCAGCAGUUCCUUCGAGGGCGAGGAUGACAACCUUGAUCUUAGCUGCAUCAUUGGAUAGAGACCUUCUAUACACUUGCAUGUAUGUGAGGAAGUGAGCCAGAAAGAACCCCAGCUGUUGAGAGUCCCAUCGAAUUUAAUUCCCAGUGGAGCUAGCUUUGGCUCAUCUGGGAGUCCUCUCUCAGGGUGGACAUGGGAUCCAAGCCUUCCAGGGGAUUGCUCGCUGUCGUGCUGCCGGAGUAGCUGCCACUGUCUUUGUCGAACCUGUGGCCCCGCUUGCCACCUCGGCGAUUAUGGUUUCUUCUUCACCGUGUUCACGCUCCUGGGUUAAUUCUUCCUCCUUUUCUGGGCAGCCUAGGAAUUUGGCUUUUAGGUCCUUGAAAGCCUCUACCAUGUAAUGCAUGGCUCACUUCAAGGUCUGACUGCCCACCCGGUUCCUCAUCAUCAGAAAGCAUUUCUAUCUUUUUCUUUCGAGUGUUCUUCCGACCUCCUCGGGUGAAAGUUUAGGUUCUUUCUUCCCAAUUCUUUCUUCCCAAUACAGAGCAACCAUCUCGGACUCGAGGUUUCUUCUAAAGCAGCAGCUUCCUAUAGCCAGGUGGAGGUGCCUUCUCCAGAAUAGAUCUGGACAGUCGACUCACUGCAGUCUUCAAUCCCAGCUUUUCCCAUUUCACUGCUGUGCAAAACCAUGUUGUACAUGGCCCCCCAAAGAUGUCUCUUUGGGUUGGGCACUAUUGCAGAUCUUGCUUUAUGUAAGGAUCUGCUUCAGCUAGAUAUCCUAAGAAAGCAGAACUCUUGAAACAGGUAUUGUCUCAAAAGGAAUUUUUAUUGAGCAAAGCAAGAUCUAAAGAUUUGGCGUGCAAAGGAUUACACCAAAAAGGCAAUUCAGAACUGCUCUCCCCAGUGUUCAACUGUCUGGUUGAAAUCUAGCCAGUUCAUAAGUGCCACAGUAUUAUGAGAAGCUGGAAAUUUAGCAUCCUUCUCAAGGUCUCUCUCGGUUUUGUUUCCCAAUGGCUCCAUUAUCUGGAGGUAAGGCAGAUGUUUUCAUAUCACAUUCCUCUCAGCUAGAGGGAGGGCACCCCAUAGAGAGCAGAGCAAGGUAAAGGACAUUUCCCCCUCAUGCAAGCACGGCACAACAGAAUGGCAGGCCCCCCCAAAUGAAUAUAUAAGCAAAAGCAGGAAAGAAAUAAAGGAAAAGGGAUAAAUGAAUAUUUGAGGGGUUUUGACACUGGGUCUUUCUUGAUUGUUAUUCAGAUUAUCUCUAGGUUCUUUUCAUUUAUUAAAAUUGGAGUUUUUUUUCAUUCCUACUUUUACUAAACGAAUUUGGCCCUUUGCUGAAGUGGUUUAGAGCAGAGAACCCACCUUUACAUGUUCUUGUUCCAUCACAGAAAACAUAUUUAUUAUUUAUUAAAUUCUUAAAGCUGUAGAAAUUAUAUUUUUUUAUUUAAAAAUUGUAUCUGUUGUGUGUGUUUUUCUUUUAGCAACAAGUAUUAUAUGACAUCUUCAAGCAAUAUUAAUCAUCUUUUGCUGAAUUUAACUUUAUGUGAAAUCAUGGUCUCGCUAGCAAAUACUUCAACAUUGCCUACAGAUGCACACUGGCUAGACUUAAUUAGAAAGUUUGUGAUAGAAACUCUUCAGGAUGGUUGUAAAUUAAACACUAAGCAGCUGAACAAAUUGCUCAGAGUGACUUGGAGACUUUUAGAAAUCCAGCUAAACAAAGCAACAGAAACUUUGAUGAAAGCAGUCUACACAUUUUAUCAGCAAAGGAAUCUUCCUUUUCCUGUACGUACAUUACUUUUGAAUUUUUUUGCCAGAGUUUAUCAAAAGGAAGAAAUGAACCUUCAUAUAAAUAGAAGCCAAGGUAAAGUAUUAACUUGUUGGCUGGCUGGUCUGCCUCAGCAGCUUGUUCUUCUUGGCUUAAGAAAUCCUGAACUUUCAGAACAAUUGAUUGGUAUUAUUUAUUCUGCUGCAUCUCGGGCGAACAAAGAAAUUCUACAGAGUUUACAAGCUGCUGCUCCCCUGAUAUAUGAUCCACUAGAUGGCGCAGUGGCUCUUCUGCCACCUGAAUCCCAGCAACAUUUAGUCCAGCUACUUUACUUUGUGCCUCGUUUACCAAGCAAUCUUCUUGCUUCUCUCAGCCGCUGUUGCAUUAUGGGAAAGUUGUCUGUAAAGUUAACCACUACUCUUAUUAGGAUACUGCGUAUAAGAUCCUCUUUUGUGGCAUGGAAAUAUCCAGCACAGAACCAUUCAGUGACUGACAUGGGUUACUUCAGCUUUUUGUUUUCAAUUCUUACAGGUUUUUCCAGUGAAGAAUUGAGUAACCUUCAGAACAUUAGGGGAAAACCACACAUAAACCAAACACUGCUCUCUCCUGUCCAACUCUAUUUAACAGAUUUGGAGCAAUUUUCAUAUCAUUGGACUAUGGCAGAGCUCCCGGAGCAAUGGAAAACUGCCAGAGGACUGGAAAAAUGUGGAUGUGUUUCCUAUCUUCAAAAGGGCUAUGCACAGGAGAUGCCCUCACAAUCUGAGAGAUUUGGAGUGCUUUUGCAAGGAAGAUUCCCAAGGAAAAUGUGCCCUGCUGAGAAGUUCCUACCCCAAAGGGCUGAACACUGUCAUAAAGUCAAAAGGUGCUUCAACAAAAUAUUAGUUUAAGGGUGUGCACACUUAUUCAAUCACAUUAUUGUACGUUUUUUACUUUUACCCCCCUCCCCCCCAAAAAAUAUUUCAGU